CAGACACACGCCCAUCAAUCUGGUGUCCUGCCUGGUGAGAUGUCCCACACCCUCAAAUGAGUCUCAUCCCAGCAAUGGAAUAACAAACACCGCAGAGCUAUAAAACCUGGCUGGAACGUAGCUGCCCUUAUUGCGAAGGCUGUGAAGACGGAUCAAAGAUGAAGGCUUUUCUUUUCGCCCUGCUGGCUGCCACCCUGUGCAUGGAACGAGCUGGCGCGCUGAGGUGCUUCACUUGCAAUGAUGAACCCUCCCACUGGAAUUGCAUUGAAAUAACGGACUGCGCCGAGAAUGAGAAAUACUGCCUCACAUCCUACACGAGGACAGGGUUUGGGGAGAAAGCCGAGUACCGCAUCACCAAGAGAUGCUCCGACGUGUGUCCCCGGACAAACCUGAACUUCGGCAUAGCGGCCACCGCCAUCUCUUGCUGCCAGCGAUCCCUGUGCAACGUCAGCGGGGCCGGCAGCGUGAGAGCCAGCGCCACGGCGAUGGCCACGGGGAUCUUGGUCGGCCUCCUCUAUGUCCUCCGAACGGGGCUGUGAGGGGGCCGGGAGAAGGACACGGC